GGAGGCGGAGAAAGAGGGAGAGAAGUUGAAGGAGAGAGUGAGAGACAGAUCCGGGGAGACAGUGAGCUGUAGAUUGAGUGGAAGUCGGUGGAGCCAUAUAUUAAAUCACAGACUUCACUGCUCAUCUGAGGACUGUUAGCCUACUUGACGUCUAGCUUUGCAAAAAAAAUAAAAAAUCUUUCCAGGUUUGUGUCGCUGCACGUUUUUGACGUGCAGCUACAGGUUGACCGAUUUAAUCCAGUCACUAUGGAUUAUUUCUCUUCAUCUCGAGUCGAUUGUCACUAACGGGGUCGAAAUGGGCACCGUCGAGAGAUCACUGGUGAUUGAGAAAGAAACAAACUGAUCAUAUCAAGUGGAGCCGAGACGGAGGCAACAUCUGUGGGGAGCGACGCACAAUUUCGAGAGAUACGCAAGGGACCUGUGGAGGGACUUAUAUGAAAGGAGACGAAGCGAAAAGAUGAUGGGAUGGCCGGGACAACAUGAAAAAGAAAAAGUGUGGUGGUCUAUUUUCAUCCAGGCAGUGAUUCAACACAACUAACCUGGGGGACAGGGACUGAGAGAGAAGAGGUAGGAGACAGGUGCGUGGCCACAGCCGUGACCAUGGAGCCUCCCCCCUCUCUGAGCUUGGCGCUGCUAGGAGGAAGCGAGGAUGAGGACCAGCGCUUCCUCCUUCCCCUGGGCAGUAUAUCCCAUCCCUCCACCACUGGCAACCAGCCAGGAUCAAACCACUCCAACCACAUGGGAGGAUCAAGCCUUGACCGUUUAAAUGGCAGCACCCCGUCCCCGUCCCCUGCCACGCCCAACUUGCCUCCAGCAUCGCUCCCCAAGUUGCCCCUGUCAUCCUCUGGAGCCCAGCCUCUGCCCCCACCCAUCCCCAACGCCCUGUAUCCCACCAGCACCCCGCUCUCCUCCUGCCUGGGCUCACAGCACAGCCUUAGCGGGGACAACUCCCCAGUUUACAACGCCCUCUUUUACUCCUCCCAUUCGCCCUCCAUGGAGCGGGAGAGGGACAGAGACCGUGACAGGGAGAGGGGCUGCAAACACAGACAGGCCAGCCCUCUGGUUCACCGUAGGGACAGUAACCCCUUCACGGAGAUUGCCAUGAGCUCCUGUAAGUAUACAGGUGGGGUCAUGAAGCCCCUAAGCCGCCUCAGCGCCUCCGAAGAAACCUCAUUGAAUCAGAUAGCAACAGCGAAACCAAAGAGGGUGGGGUUUCAGCUGUUGCUGGGGCAACAGCAGCUGGAGGGCAUGAUCGCCAGCGAGACCCCUCCUACCUCCUUGGUGGCCCAGUCCUCUUCUAAUCAACCCCCAAUUCAGAGCCCUCCAGAGAUUGUGAUUUCAUCCAAAGAAGACUCGCCGUACCUCAGAGCAGGGUAUGACAUCACUGACUCCACUUCCAACCAGAUGUCCAUCUACCACCAGAACCACGCGCUGGUGGAGAGCAGGCGGGUGCAGCCGGGGAGGGGCAGCAGGCAGGGAGUGGUUGGGGCGGUGGGCACUGGGGCCAGGGGCAGCACCUCCAAAGCCUCCAAACGGAAGAACCAAAACAUUGGCUAUAAACUGGGGCAUCGCAGGGCGCUGUUUGAGAAGAGGAAGAGGCUGAGUGACUAUGCCCUCAUCUUCGGGAUGUUUGGCAUCGUCGUCAUGGUGAUUGAGACAGAGCUGUCGUGGGGCGUGUACACCAAGAGCUCCAUGUAUUCUCUGGCCCUGAAGUGUCUGAUCAGCCUGUCCACAGUCAUACUGUUGGGCCUCAUCAUAGCCUACCAUGCACGGGAAGUUCAGCUGUUUGUCAUCGACAACGGCGCUGACGACUGGCGCUAUGACCAGACACGUAUACAGGCCGAGGCUGACCUGGACAUGGUGCUGAGCGUGCCCAUGUUCCUGCGCCUCUACCUCAUCGCCAGAGUCAUGCUUCUGCACAGCAAACUCUUCACCGACGCCUCCUCCAGGAGUAUAGGUGCCCUAAAUAAGGUGCAUUUCAACACACGGUUUGUAAUGAAAACCCUCAUGACUAUCUGCCCCGGGACGGUGCUGCUGGUCUUCAGCAUCUCUCUGUGGAUCAUCGCUGCCUGGACCGUACGAGUUUGCGAGAGGUAUCAUGAUGCCCAGGACGUGACCAGUAACUUCCUGGGAGCCAUGUGGCUUAUCUCCAUCACUUUCUUGUCCAUCGGCUAUGGAGACAUGGUUCCUCACACCUACUGUGGCAAAGGGGUCUGUCUGCUCACAGGAAUCAUGGGUGCGGGCUGUACGGCUCUGGUGGUUGCCGUGGUAGCCAGGAAGCUGGAGCUGACCAAGGCCGAGAAACACGUACACAACUUCAUGAUGGACACGCAACUCACAAAGAGGAUAAAGAAUGCAGCGGCUAACGUGCUGAGGGAAACCUGGCUCAUCUACAAACACACCAAGCUGAUGAAGAAGAUCGACCACUCCAGAGUCCGAAAACACCAACGGAAGUUCCUCCAGGCUAUACAUCAAUUACGCAGUGUGAAAAUGGAGCAGAGGAAACUCAGUGAUCAGGCCAACACACUAGUGGACCUCUCGAAGAUGCAGAGCGUCAUGUAUGAGCUCAUGUCGGAGCUUAACGACCGCAGCGAGGACUUGGAACGCCAGAUGCUGUCCCUGGAGCAGCGGGUGGAGCAGCUCACCGCCGGCUUCAACACCCUGCCUGCCCACCUCUCGGCCACCCUCAGCGCCCAGCACGCCGCCCUGGUCCACUUGCUCCGAGAGAGGGAUGGGAGGGAUGGGUGGGAUGGGAGAGGAGGUGGUGGAGGAGGUGCUGUGGUCCCACUGUCCCCUGCUGCGUCUUUAACCGCUGCUGCAGCUUCAGUUUCUCCAGUCCAGGUCUUAUCUCCAGCAUCGCCCCCAUCCCAGGUCCCUACUUUGGCCUUAGAGUGCCCUCUGUCGCCCCCACCUCUGAGCCCAGAGGGGAGCCUGGAGGCUAGUCCCAUCCCAAACACCUGCACUUCUAGCUGCUGAAGACAGCUCUGAGGACCAGGACAGAACAAAUAUGGAAAGAAAUCAGGGAGAGAGGAGGAGGGGGUUGUGCUAGUCCUCUCACUUCAGACUAAAGGAGAGGAACAAGGAGGGAGGAGGAGAGAAAUGUGAGGUGAUCUUCGGAAACUAACGCUCCAUGAGGGAGGGAUGAAGACGGAACUAUGAGGAUAAAUAAUAGGAUUAAGAUGGAGGGCCAGUAUGAACGAUGAAACAUGUUAGGGACUUUGGGGCGUUUUCCUUGACGAGGGAAGGAGAAGAAAAAUUGAGAUCAAAUGGAGACACUGAAAGGUGUGAGGGGGAGGAAGAAUGUCAAGAAAGUGAGAAAUGGAGGCAGAGAGGAUGAGGAGGGGGAAGGAGAGGGGAGGAGAAAUAACAAGGAAUAAUUACAUGAACUCAGAGCUCCUAAAUGGAAUCCACUCCGAUUACUGAAAAGGGCCUUUUAUUCUCUCUCUUUCUCUCUCCAAAUUUCUCUCCAAAUUUCUCUCCCUUCAUCAGGAAUUAAUGACCAUGACUUUUUAUCCUCAUGAUGUAUUUUCUAUCUGAAUGCUACCUGUGUGUUAACGAGCAUCCCUUUAACAGAGAGUCGAUCAAUACGACCAUGAUAUAUAUUUAAAAAAAAAAAAACUAGUGGCAUGAACUGCACACACACA